AUGCGCUCAAUCGUUUGGCUCUUGCCGAUUUUCUACGCCGCUCACAGUGAGUUCCAUCGUCCAAUUUUCGGUUUUUCAACUUUUCAACAAACUGCAUAAUAUCCAGGCUACGUGUUCGAGUGUCUCGAUGAUUGUGAGUGUGACACCGAAGACGAGGUGAUCCAUUGUCACAACGGCGACCGUACUCAGUUGCGUCUGCCCGCCGGAGCACGUCUUCGCGGAUUUCCAGUCAUCGGAUUGACCUACAAUAAACUUGUGCGACUUCCCGACGAGGAGACCCUUUUGUCCAAGUUCCCGGAUGUCAAGGUUGGUGGCAGAGUUGAGCGGAAGAAUUUUUAUCUUUUUUAAAAAUUUUUUUCAUGAAAUGUGAUCAACUGACGAAAUAUUGAGCAAAGUGAACUCUGCUCAUAGAAAAAUAAUUGUAAAUUUAGCGAUUCAUACAAAAAAGUUAAGGGCUAACCGAAGACGGAAAGACAUUUUCACGGAACAACUCGAAUAACUUUUUUGUAUGAAUCGCUAAAUUUACAAUUAUUUUUCUAUGAGCAGAGUUCACUUUGCUAAACAUUUCGUCAGUAGAUCACAUUCCAUGAAAAAAUUUUCUAAAAAAGAUAAAAAUUCUUCCGUUUCUUCCGCUCAACUCUGGUUGGUGGCCUAGAAAACCGCCGCUCGGCCUUGUGGAUUUUUCGCCUAAUAUUGUAGCUCUCCACUUUUUGCAGGUGAUCGACGUGGAGCGUAACGCCGAUUUUGACUGCACCUCGCUCGACGACUACGACAAAAUCAAAAUCGUGUCGGAUUGCUUCAAAAACGUGACCGAGAUCGGCAAAGUGCCGAAGCUGUUCCGGCCGACGAAAGAGUGUGACGUGGCGUGUCAGGCGUCGAAACACUACGCGAAACUGCACGAAUACGUGCUCUCGCUCUGGGACAUUCUCAAGGAAAAGUACGAGAACUUUGACCUCGACGUAAGCUCGUUUUGUGUGUCUAACUCUUUUUUUUUUGUCUUCCAGACCACCCUCCGCGACAUUCAAGAGUUCUUCACGAUGGUCGUCCAGAAGCUGAACAAUGUGAAGCAGGACAUCAAUGAUAGAUUGGAGGCGGCGAAGGCGAAGAGAAACCAUCCGAAACACGUGACUCCGAUGCCCGAUCUGAACGAAGUCGCCGAGGAGGAGGGCGCCGUCAAUGUUUGAUCACUUUUCCGUGCAUUUUUGAUGUACCUCAAUCCUAUAGCUAUACAAUCAUGAAUUAAUUGCACUUUACGUUGAACUGAACACUAACUUUGCGCAAAAAUAUGGUUUCAGCGAGAAACGUAGCUCUUGGGCAAUUGGCCGGCCCUUGACCUGGAAUUUUGGCCUACUUGCAAUGAUCCGAUCGGAACCAAACUUUGCAGGCUUUUUGGACAUGGGUUGAAGCAUAUUGGGACCAAGUUUCAGCCCGAUCGGAUUAUUUGCUCAAGAGAAAUGUGGAUUAUUGGCCGAAAUCGGCCGGAAGCCCGGGUUUUUUGGAAAAAAUCGGCCAUUGAUCCACAUAUCUCGAUCCGAUCCGGCUGAAAUUUGAACCCAAUGGCCCUCAAUCCAAGUCCAACAAUCCUGCAAAGUUUGGAUCUGAUCGGAAUAUUGCAAGUGGUUCAAAAGUCCAGGUCAAGGGCCAGCCAAUUGCAAAGAAGGUUUGGAAGAACUAUAGUGGGCUUGGGAAAGAGUGUACAAAAAAGUUGUCAACUGCAAAUAUAAAGUUCAAGACUAGUACAAGCUUUUUGUAGUUGACACCUUUUUUGUGCGACCACUCCUAGACAUACUGUAGCUCUUGGAGUGUGCAACUCGCUCAAAGCAUUUGUAUUUCAACUUUGGAGACUUCCAAGAGCUACAGUAGGUUUGCAGUUGCAAAGUGUCGAGGUUGCAAAACGUCCGAUAUGUAUUUGUAAUGAACAUCUUCAGUUCCAAGUUUCUUUCCGACACAACUAUUGUAGACUUCAGAGUUGAGCGGAAGAACUCAACGGAAGAACACUGAAGAAUUUUUAUCUUUUUUAGAAAAUUUUUUCAUGGAAUGUGAUCAACUGACGAAAUGUAGAGAAAAGUGACCUCUGCUCAUAGAAAAAAAAAUGUAAAUUUAACUUUUCAUACAAAAAAGUUAAGGGCUAAUAGAAGACGGAAAGACAUUUUCACGCAACAACUCGAAUAACUUUUUUGUAUGAAAAGUUAAAUUUACAAUUAUUUUUUAUGAGCACAGUUCACUUUGCUCUACAUUUCGUCAGUUGAUCACAUUCCAUGAAAAACAUUUCUAAAAAAGAUAAAAAUUCUUCCGUUGAGUUCUUCCGACACAACUAUUGUAGACUUGUGUGAGAGAACAUUGAAAACGUGCUCAGUGAUGUGUUCUCAAAACGGGGUGUCUGACAUCUUGCUCCACUGAAUACAAGCAACAUUACCUCAUUACCACUCAUGUGUUCCAUUAUUUAAUUAUCAACUUCCUCUGAAGACGUCGUCUGACGCAUUCUCCUCAUUGUGUCACUCACUAGUCAAGCGUCGAACGCGAAAUGUACGGGUAAGAAACGUUUCUUCAGUUUUCCCCCGCCAAAAUUGUUCUUCUCCUCCUCCGCUUCAGAAUGAGCAUUCACGGAAACCCCGACUACAUUUUCUAUCACUUCCAAUGGAACUCGUGGGAUUUCGCCAAAAUUACCGUACUCGUCGCGCCGUUCUACUGGCUUCCCACCAUUUUUAUCGUUGGUCGCAUGUGGCGAAUAUAUUGUAGCUCUUGCCGAAUCAAUCGGAAUGGAAGCAUACAGAAACACUUGUUUUUGGCGUUUAUGCUUAUGCAAAUUGGGGUGAGUUGGCGCGUUUUAUCGGAAAUUGGUCAUUGGCGCUUUUCUAGUGCCCUGACACGUUUCUAGUUACGCCAGACGUGUAUUCAGCGCCUUGAUAACAAUAAUAUUAUUAGUUCUUGGCACUUUUUCAACGUCUUGCUCCUUUGUGUAGUCUGUUUUCUCACAAAGAUCUAGUGUUCGCCAGAGUUGAGCAGAAAAACUCAACGCAAGAACACGGAAGAAUUUUUAUCUUUUUUAGAAAAUUUUUUCAUGGAAUGUGAUCAACUGACGAAAUGUAUAGCAAAGCGAACUCUAUUCAUAGAAAAAUAAUUGUAAAUUUAGCAAUUCAUACAAAAAAGUUAUUCGAGUCGUUGCGUGAAAAUGUCCUUCCGUCUUCGGUUAGCCCUUAACUUUUUUGUAUGAAAUGUUAAAUUUACAAUUAUUUUUUUAUGAGCACAGUUCACUUUGCUCUACAUUUCGUCAGUUGAUCACAUUCCAUUAAAAAAUUUUCUAAAAAAGAUAAAAAUUCUUCCGUUGAGCUCUUCCCGCUCAACUCUGAUGUUCGCCUGUUCUGACGCAGUAGACCAACAAUAUUCAUAAGCCGCCACCUUCCAGAACGUCUUUUUCAUCGUCACCGACUUCGCGGUCAUCCGAAUCCCGGCCACCGGGAUCAUAACCUCCGCGUGCGCCUCCACAGAGCCCAAUCAACUGCUCAAAGUGCCCUACGUGUUGGCAUUCGUCUCCAGUUAUCUCUCGAUGCUCUUUCCGGUCAUCUUCUGCGCCAACCGCGCUAUUAUCGUCUUCUUUCCGCAACAACACGGCGAAAUUUGCUCGAAAUUCAUGAAAAUCUGCAUCCCAAUCACUGUCACAAUCCCGUUUUGUCUCACCUGGUUCUUGGUCUCCAGUGUCGGACUCUGCAGCCAAUUGACGGCUCCGUUUCCGCACGGCGCCGUUGUGUUCUUACUAAAUUCGACAACCGUGGGUUACUGUACUCGUAAUUCGGUUACCAGUAUCAUUUUUCAGCCAAUCAACGAGUACACCCAUCUCGGCGUUUCGCUGCUCUGCACCGUCUUCACAUUUUCUAUCAAUAUCACAAUGCUCAUCAAAGUUCGGCACAUUUUGUUCUAUAAAAAGUGAGUUUUAGGAGUGGGUAUUGAAAAUUUCACAAAUUUUGGUGUACUUUUGUUGUCGUUUACCGCUUUUUUCUACGCCCAAUCCCUGGAGUACGGUAGCUCUUGGAAGUCUCGGCUAUUGUCAGCUUCCAAGCGCUACAGUACCCGUCGGAGUAGUUGUAGCAAAACAUUGUUCACUGCACAAUUAUAGUGCUAGUCAUGAACUUUAUUUUUGUAGUUGACAACUUUUUUGUACGGCCAGUCCCUGGGGAUACUGUAGCUCUUGAAAGUUUGCACAAAAUAGGCGGGCUAGAAAAGCGGCCCUAACUUCUAACAGUUACAGUACUCUGGAGAAUAGUUGUACAAAAAAGUUGUCAACUAAGAAAUUAAAGAUCCCAACUAGUACAGUAUUUUUGUAGUUGACGACUUUUAUGUACAACCACUCCCAGGCUUACUGUAGCUCUUGAAAGUUUGGGCAAGUGUGUUUCAGGGCCAACUUCCAAGCGAAAACGUUGUCAACUACAAAGAUCAAGUGAAAAACUUUGAAGAUUUGCAAAGUGUUCACAAUGAUUUCAGAAUGUUCAGUCGGAAUAUCAACAAAAACUAUAAAGCGGAACUCUCACUGACCAUCAUCAUGAUCUCACUUUUCGUUCCAUUCCUAUUCAAUGGAUUUAUAGUGGUACGCUCCGCGCUUUUCUCGUCUCUUUUAUCGUCUUUUUUUGUUGCCAGGCACUCUACAAUGAUCAGUCGCUUCUCGGCUACAUUCUCGCCGUCCGUCCCGUUUUCCUCGACAUCACCAUCGUUUUCGUGCCCUGGGCAUUCUACCUGACGCAUCCGAUGUUCCGCAAGAAAUCUGGCGUCACCACCAAUUCUCCGAUGCCCAUGACUGUGACCACUGUGACCAGAUCGAUUAGUCACACAUAG